UGGAUUCCACCGAGCCAGAAGCAGAACUAGUAGAUAAGAUCAGAAUGCACUAAACAGGGGGUGCAAGAACUUUCAUGCUAGCUAGCUUGCUUUUGAAGCACACCACUUCAGAAAUGAGUGUGUACAAGUUUUGCCCCGACUGUAACAACGUCCUCUACCCUAAGGAAGACAGGAAGCAAAGGAUCCUUCUCUAUGCAUGUCGAAACUGCGAGCACCAGGAGGUUGCUGAUAGUAAUCGGGUAUACAGAAAUGAGAUACACCACUCUGUUUCAGAACACACACAAAUACUGCAGGAUGUAGCCUCAGAUCCAACUCUACCUCGUACUAAAUCAGUUCGUUGUAGUGCAUGUGGCCAUGGGGAAGCUGUCUUCUUACAAGCAACUUCUAGGGAGGAGGGUAUGACACUGUUUUACGUUUGCUGCAAUCCAAAUUGUGGCAAUCGAUGGAGAGAUUAUUGAGAUCAUCAUCUCGCACAAAGCUAUUCGCAGAUGAAGCUAUGGCAGUGUUGAUGUAUGGACA